AGUGGACGUCAGUGGAGAGCAGCCGAUUCGUCCUCCUCGGCCCCUCUCCGAUCCGCCCGCUGCCGCAGCCCUAUGGUCCCGUCGACCCGGGCGCCGCCGCCGCAGCAACCCGUGUUGUGAUUCCAAGUCAGCUACCAAUGGCCUCCCUUGGUGUAGCACCGGCAUCUGGGCAGAGAGAUGCCGGUGUCAGUACUCUCGCAGUGGAUAAACUGCCAGCUCAAAUGAGUAAUAUGAAAAUAAGAGAUGAGAAGGAAGUAGAGGCAACAGUCAUUAAUGGGAAUGGAACAGAAACUGGUCAUAUCAUAGUUACAACUAUUGGAGGCAAAGAUGGCCAAAGGAAGCAGACCAUAAGUUACAUGGCCGAGCGAGUUAUUGGGCAAGGGUCAUUUGGUACUGUGUUCCAGGCAAAAUGUUUGGAGACAAGUGAGACAGUAGCUAUCAAGAAGGUCCUUCAGGAUAGGAGAUACAAGAACCGUGAGAUGCAAAUGAUGCGUCUGCUUGACCAUCCAAAUGUUGUUUCUUUGAAACAUUGCUUCUUCUCAACCACUGAAAAGGAUGAACUCUAUCUGAAUCUGGUGCUUGAGUAUGUUCCUGAGACAGUCCACCGCGUCAUCAGACACUACAACAAGAUGAACCAACGCAUGCCACUCAUCUAUGUGAAGCUACAUACUUAUCAGAUUUGUAGGGCGCUGGCCUAUAUCCAUCGGACUGUUGGUGUGUGUCACAGGGACAUAAAGCCACAAAAUCUUCUGGUUAACCCACACACUCAUCAGCUAAAGAUCUGUGAUUUUGGGAGUGCAAAAGUUCUGGUGAAAGGCGAACCAAACAUAUCAUACAUCUGCUCUAGGUACUAUAGGGCACCUGAGCUUAUUUUUGGUGCCACUGAGUACACAACAGCAAUUGACAUCUGGUCUGCUGGAUGUGUUCUAGCUGAACUUCUAUCAGGACAGCCUCUCUUUCCUGGUGAAAGCGCAGUUGAUCAGCUCGUUGAAAUUAUCAAGGUUCUGGGCACACCUACAAGGGAAGAAAUUAAAUGUAUGAACCCGAACUACACGGAAUUCAAGUUUCCCCAAAUCAAAGCUCAUCCUUGGCAUAAGGUGUUCAGCAAGAGAAUACCACCUGAAGCAGUGGAUCUGGUCUCCAGGCUUCUUCAGUACUCACCACACCUACGGUCCUCAGCUCUGGAUGCUCUGAUGCAUCCGUUCUUCGAUGAGCUCCGUGACCCAAACACUCGCCUCCCCAACGGCCGUUUCCUGCCUCCGCUCUUCAACUUCAAGGCUCACGAGCUGAAGGGGCUUCCAAUGGAGGUCGCGACGAAGCUGGUCCCCGAGCACGCGAGGAACCAGUGCCCCUUCCUAGUGCUGUAGAAUCUGGCCUACCAGCUUCUUGUGCUGUGCUGUCUGUCAUGCUAGCGACUAUCUCUUAUCGUACCUAGACUAGGCGUCGGGACAACGAGGUCAUGUGGUAUCCGUGUUAUUUGCUUUGGUAAACUAUUUGUGUUAUGUUGAACUUGAAGUUGACUUGAGAAAAUUGUCGGAACGACUGAGAAUUGAGAAUCGUAGUAACAGAAAUGCAGGAAUUAUAUAUAUUUAUGACACUGUUUGCGCC